UGGCGGGCUGAGAGGCUGUGGCUUUUCGGAGCUCCCGACGGAAGUUUCAAGUAUACAGUAAAACAGUUAUAUAGAUUCACAGCAAAUAUAGCAACGGGUACAUGAAAGAUUGGUCUUUUCUAAAGCCCACGAAAACGAAGUCGAUUUUGGAACAUUGAAGCACUUUCGGAAGUGAAGAUUGAAGACGUGAUAGAAGAUGAACCACUGCUAUGCUAAGAUGGCGACGUCCUGUCAAAGAGAAGGUGGAAGAGAAUCAGAUCCACCAACUCCCAGGAAAUCAUCAGCAGAGGAAAAGCCACGAACUGCAGAUAACGACAUCCAGCAGCUGAUUGGUCAUCAAGAAGAAUGUCCCCCUCAUCCAAAGGGGCGGAGCUUCACUUUGAAGCAGGAGGAUCAACAGCCCUCCAACAUUAAAGAGGAAGAAGAGGAACUCUGGAUCACUCAGGAGAGAAAGGUUCUUCCAGGGUCAGAGGAGGCUGAUGUCACCAACUUGCCACUGACUGGUGUCUCUGUGAAGACUGAAGACCAUGAAGACAAACCACCUGUGUCAUCACAGCUUCAUCAGGAGGAGGAGGAGGAGGACCCGCAGCCCCAACAUGUUAAAGAGGAAGAGGAAGAACUCUGGACCACUCAGGAGAGAGAGUGUCUUCUAGUGCCACUGACUGGUGUCUCUGUGAAGACCGAAGACCAUAAAGGCGAGCCACCUGCGUCCUUAAAUUGGUUUUCUCCUGCAAGUGUCCAGCAGAUGAUUGGUUGUCAAGAAGAAUGUCUACCUCAGCUGCAGGGUAGCAGCUCCACUUUGAAGCAGGAAGAACCACAGCAUCUCCACGUUAAAGAGGAAGAGCAGGAACUGUGGACCAUUCAGGAGGGAGAGUGUCUUCUCGGGCCGGAGGGUGCUGAUCUCACCAAGUUGCCACUGACUGUUGUCUUAGUGAAGACUGAAGACAAACCACCUGAGUCCUCACUGUUUGAUUGCAGUCCAAGUGAGGAGAACAGAGGGAUGGAGCCUCCAAGCAGCAGAUCACCACAACACAUGACAACAGAAGCUGAUGGAGACCACUGUGGAGGAUCACAAGCAGACAACCUCUUAGCUCCACUAUCAGAUAGUGACGACACAACAUCACACUCUCUUGAAGAUAAAGACAGCGACUACAACCAAGAACCUUUGAGCAGUGAUACAGACUGGGAAGGUGAUAUGAGGACUCAUGCUGACAACAAACAGUCUGAAUGCUCUAAAAAGAAGACAAGGAAGAAACGUUUCACCUGCUCAGUGUGUGCAAAAAGCAUGUCUUAUAAGUGUAAUAUGACUCGACACAUGCUGACACACACAGGAGAAAAACCUUUUGCUUGUUCUGUUUGUGGGCAAAGAUUCUCUAAUCAGUCAGAUAUAGUACGGCACAUGAGGAUACACACAGGAGAAAAACCAUUUUGUUGCUCAGUGUGCGGUAAAAGAUUUGCUCAAAGAGAUAAUGUGGUAUCACACAUGAGAACGCACACGGGAGAAAAACCUUUUGGUUGUUCUGUUUGUGCUCAAAGGUUCUCUCGCAAGUCAUAUAUGGCAUCACAUAUGAGAACACACACAGGGGAAAAACCUUUUAGUUGUUCAGUUUGUGGUAAAAGAUUCUCUCGAAAGGAAACUAUGGUGUCACAUAUGAGAACACAUACAGGAGAACAACCUUUUGAUUGUUCUGUUUGCGGUAAAAGAUUCUCCCGAAAGUCAAACAUGGUAGUGCACAUGAGAACACAUACAGGACAAAAGCCUUUUUGUUGCUCAGUUUGUGGUGAAAGUUAUUCUAAAAACUCCAGUUUGACUCAGCACAUGAGAACACACACAGGAGAAAAACCUUUUAGCUGCUCGGUUUGUGGUAAAAGUUAUUCACAUAAGAAAAAUCUGACCGUACACAUGCAGUCACACAAUGGCGAAUAAAGGUUUUCUUGUCCUGUUUGGGCUGAAAGGUGAUCAAAUCAUGAAAGUGUAAUGCCACUCGUGCGGCGUCACCUACAAAGUGUUGAGCUGAUGUGUAUGAUACCAGAUUCCCUCAUAAACUAGUAUGCUGCCAGUAACAGCUACACAACGUUGAUUGGCUGAGAACAACGUGGAUUUUGCUCUCAUCCUCCUUUUGGACGACACAAGUGUCCAUUAGUGAUCAUAAAAUUCUGUUUGUGUUGUGACAAUAUUUUCUAAUGCCGUACAUGUUCACAGAGUGUAACUUACAAGGUCUCCAACUUAAAGGAAAACAGCACUUUUUUUGGACUUUUGCUUAUCUUCCGCAAUCGUUAUUUAAGACAUGAACACGUCUUUCUCUUUUCUGUGCGCUGUAAAGAUAUAAAAACAGACAGCUCAUUACUGCACAUAAUGGGACACCCCUAUGCCGCCUACAAAGACCACUAACCCCCAACAAAGUUUUAAGGUUUUAUAUACAGGUACAUACUGUGACCAUGUAGUAACAGAUACAUUCAUGAUAACAUGUGAUACUUAUGGUAUCUUGCGUAUUUUCCAAAAAAAAGUGCAGUUUUCCUUUAACAACACUUACUUCCUAUAUAUAUAUAUAUAUAUAUAUAUAUAUAUAUAUAUAUAUAUAUAUAUAUACAGUAUAUAUAUAUAUAUAUAUAUAUACAGUAUAUAUAUACACAAUUGUAUAUAUAGGAACUGCCCGUGAAGCAAACAUGAGAUUAUGGAGACAAUGACUAUGUUGUGUCCUCUUUUUGGGACAAUGAGAGUACAGUCAAACUUGUCUAUAGAAUAGACAGGUGGCCUCUAUAGACAGGUUGGUGUCCAGUUUGAAUGUUGACCAGUAGAGGAAAAAAAACAUUUUUAAAGGAAAAAAAAUAAUGUUGACCAGUAGAGGGCACUGUGGGACUACGGAUAAAAGUUGUACAGCUUGUUAUUAUUCAUGACCCACAGAACAAAGCUGUACUAGUAAUGUCUUACGCUUGUUUUUAAUAUUUUACUUUUUAUACGGCAAAGUGUCAUUACAGCUUUAGUUCCUCAGGAAGUGACGGGAAGUGACGGUGGGCGUCCCGAGCAGGAGAGCUAGGCUCAGUGCUAGCUGUGAGUUUCGAGAGAGUUGGGAAGUGUGUUUAUGUUGGCGUGGAUGUAAAGUCCUGCAGUGUUCUCCGCUGUUAUUAAAGCCAUUAAAGUGCAUCGGCGACGUGAGUCUCUCCUUCCCCACAACAAGCGGCAUUACAGUAUUGACACACAUUGUGCACAUUGUCUCACACCAGGAAAUAAACGGUGUCACUUGUUACAGGCAUUGCCUGGACAGCUAUGUAGUGGGGCUUGUUUAACCUUUGCCUUGUGGGCAAGCAGGGAGGAGAGACGAUGCUGAGAGAUGUGUGUGUGUUCUGAGCUGCUGUCUGGUGGCCGCGUUCAAUAAAUAAAGUUGGCAGAAGCAACAGGAGAAGUUUCCUUCCUUGCUUCGGAGCUGAAUAACACUGACAAGUUAACAGACUAGUAGCGAACGGAAAAGAAGACAGCUUUUUUGUGUCGAAUACAGAAGAUGAGGACUUUGAUGGAUUUGUGGAUGAGGAUUGAUCAAAAAUAACGUGAGUACAUUCUAAAAUACUUCAAUUAAGUACAACCGAACUCAGUUUUGCUCCCCCUGCCACAUGCAUGCUAGCGUAUGUUUUUUUUUUUUUAUUGUAGCGUCGCUGGGAGCACGUCCUGUUCCCAGCCUACUCUGCGGUAAUGUUUUGGUGCAAAUGCUCUUAAAGUUACAUGUUUGACCAGGAAAUAGCAAGCUCAAAAGAAGACGGCUUUUUUAUGUGGAACAACUGACAGUUUGUGUGGAUCUUGUGAAUGAUUGUGACUGAGCUAGGACUCAGUAAUUAAAGUCUACACACGACGGCUUCAUUGAUUGAAAAACGAAACUUUUUCGUGCAUGAAGCUUCUACUUGAGUUGGUAAUUUGGCCACUAUAUACAGUCAGAUAUUGACCAAGGGAGACAAAAUGGGUGGCCGCUGGCCGUGUUGGACAGGUGACUGCUAUACACAGGGUCUAUAACGUGAAUUUGCUGGGGGGGAUUUUUUCAGUGGCUACUAUAGGCAGGUGGCCGUUCUAUAAAGGUGGCCGCUAAGACAGGUUUGACUCUACAUGUAUAACAACGACAAAAAUCCAGCAAAAAAAUGAGCCACCACUACACCACUUCCGCAUUCUGCUAUAAAAUACAGGAAGAGACUGUUUGUAGUGACAAAACCUUAACAAAAAUCAACAUUCGAGCACACACCUAACAUAAAUAAUAUGCCCUGCAGUAUAUUUUUUAAAAAAAUAUUAAGAUUAACAUGGGUUUUGGUGUCAUGAGCACUUUAAGGGAUAGAUAUAAGACAGUUUACGAAUGGUAAGGCCUAAGGGGUGGAACCGGGAUACAGCCUUGGACACCAGUGCCUUCUUUGAACUUUGUCAGCAUGGUCGGCUAAUUUAAAUUAAACAAGCUCUGUUUAAAGGUUUUAAGAUACCAAGAAAUUCAACUCGCUCACUGUUAUCUGCAGUUUUGGGAACUGAUGAUUGAUGAUUUGCUGGGAGUUGGUAGCGGUGAUUCUCUUCCACCUUCUCUUUGACUGGACGUCGCCAUCUUAGCAUAGCAGUGGUUCAUCUUCUAUCACGUCUUCAAUCUUCACUUCAGAUAGCACUCCAAUAAUAAGAUAGCACUCCUUAAUACUCCACACUCAACUUCUGCUGCGCGUGCUUUAGAAAGGCCCAAUCUUUGACGUAUUCAUUGCUGUAUCUACUGUAGAUUUAUAUCUGUUGUACGAUAGUUGAAACCUCUGUUAGGAGCUCCGGAAAGCCACAGACACUCAGCUCGCCAUCUUGGUCGGCACCAAAUUUUGCUAACUUUUCUUCUUCUGCUGCCGCUUCUUCUUCUCGUUUGUCGUUUAACGGCGGAUGCAAACAGUAUGUUGCACUCCCGCCACUCUGCGGAUGUGAAGGAACGCUAUUGCUUCCAGUCUAUAUCAAUAGAGAUAACACUGGGGGGGGGGUUGUUGACUAACUGUCAACAUGUGCAAUAUUAUUUAUUCCAACAUCAUUGUACUGGGAAAUACCUUCAGUGCCUACAUUUAUUGUACUUUCAUACGUACUUGGUCAUCUCAUACGUUACUUACUUGGCUAGGUUUUAUGGAUAGGUUUAUUGUAUACUGUUAAUAUGUUUAUAGUGGAUGUUUCAUCGUAGGUUGUUUAUCUUUCUUGUAUAGGUAUUUGGUAUAUUGUGCUUUUUGAA